GGAGUGAAGCAGUGCCCUGAUUCGCUCAUGCGUAUUGCUUUCCUGAGACUUCUGGUCCCGGAUUGCUGUGGAGUCGGUGCUGCUGCACGCCGGUACCGCGACAGCGAAUCCCCGAGCUGCUCACGUUCCGCUGUCGCUGCGAGGGCUUUUACGCGGCUGGGGGACGGUGCGGGGCUGGGGCUGGAAGGGGCGUUCGCUAAUUCACCGGGGUGGCGAGCAAAUUGCGUGGCACGAAGUGCUGUGGAGCAGCUGUGAGCCCAACCGCUCCGUUCCUUGGUCUGCAGCGACUGCACCAGUUGCUCGAGCUCUUCCCACUGCAGGAGCUCAGAACUGACAAGAACCCUGACCCAAGCAGCGACUUCAGCAAUCCCGUGUCGAGCCGCAGCAGCAAUGGGGCACUGCAGCACAUCAGCGAUCUCUGGCUCAAGGAGCGCAGGGCUGCAGGAAGGAUGCACUGCAGCCUCCCUGUUUCUGUGGGGUUUGUGUUGCUGUUGGAGCCCAAAGGCCACGUGCUGCCACAAAGGCAGGUGCCAGGUUCACCCACUGAGGACACCAAACCCUCCAAUAAUGUCACAGUGGCCUUUAGUUGCUGUGUGAGGAGAUGACGCGCAUUUCACCCUGGGGAGCCGUAAGCUGAGCCCGGCAGCUGGGCAGCCAGCACUCGCUCCAUUGAUGCCGCUCAUCUCAGCCCUUGUGCUGCACGUGCAGCUUCUCAGCACCUCGCUGUAUCAGUAUUGAAGUCUGUGCUCCCCUAUCUAUUAGAAAUGUCACCAAUGGUCAUUGGGGACAGACUGGAAUCAAAAUACAUGGGCCAUCCUAGCUCGCCCAUCAGUAAAGCUCCCCUUGCCACACAGGCAGACCCAAUUGGCUGCUGGUGUUGGUUUUUUUUUCUUCAUGCCUUUAUGGGAAAUUUGAGAUCACAGCCUGAAGCAGUGAUGGAGCACCUGGCGAGGGGUGCAGCCCUGCAAGCACAGGUGGAAGCAACGCAGCUGUGGGAGCAGAUGGGGCUGAGCCUGGCUCCAGCCCUCCCUCACCUCAUCUGAAAGCUGGCAGCCCCACAGGCAGUGUCUCUUCCCAGUGAACCCCUCCCAGGGGUUGUUGGGGGGCUCUGGUUCUUGGAAGGAGGUAAGCAAUUCUUUCUUUAUUGUAGGGUUUUGAUCUUUUCCUUUCUGCGGGGAUCCUAAGCUGGUUUAGAGUAGCUCUAUCUGCUUUGCCUGUCUUUAUGGUGCCCUUCAAUUGUUUUCUGGGGGAAGUGAAGGGGGUAUCUCCCUUUCUCUGAACUGGUAAGGCAGGGACUGAUAUUCAUUCCUUUCUUUUGCUCUUAUCUCAUUUCUGGAAUGCACCAAUCAGCCCUGAGGUAACGCUGGUUGGCUGUGCAUUGCAACUCUGGAAAUGUCUGGAGCUGAUGCUCUUUUCCAUAAAGGGAUUCUGUGUUCUCCAGAUCUUCUUUGCAGCUCUUUUUGAACUCAAUACUUCUCAGGAAGUCUCUGUUCCCUCUUUGGUGAUUCUUACUGCAUAAUCUCCAACCUGAGGCUCCAAACUUGGUUUGUCUGCUACCACAUUGUCCCAACCCGUUUAAUGACAUGUACCCUCUGUGUCCCCUUCCACUGUGUCCUUGCAUCCACCUGUGUCUUUGUGUCCUCCCUGUGUCCUCUCCCCAUGUCCCCUCUUGUCUCCUGUGCCACGUAUUAAUUCCACCUGUGCUGAGUGUUGUUUAAGGGCACGUAUUUAAAUUACGUUCUGUGUCUCUUUGGAUCUCGUUCUGUUUUGCAGCUCGAUGGGAUUUAAGGGUUUCUGGGGCUCCUCCAGUUAGUGGUUUAAGCUCUGUGAAAUCUUUGGAGCAGGCAAUGGAGCCCCUCAUGAGCCCCCUGUUCAUGCAUCACUUGUAUGCAGGUGGGUUUUGUGAUGGCUGUUGGAAGCUCACUUAAAGAUGGAGUGGGGGUCACAAGGGGCUUCCUGGGCUCUGUUCUUCUAGCCCAAUAAGCGAUGUGACUGGUGAUAGAGUGUGGUGCAUCCAUCAGGCUGGGACCUGAGCUUAAGAAAAUCUCUGGGCCCCAGAGGCCCUUUUCUUUGUCCUCACUUAGUGCAAUGCAGUCUCCACUACUUGAGCACACUGAACACAAGUGUUCUGUUCCUGUUUUGUCUGCUUCUCUCCUCGAUCUCCCUUAUGAAUUUGUAACAGAUGCCAGGGCAUGGAGCUCAGAGCAUGCUGUGGCUGACCACCCUGAGGUCCUAUGUUUUUUUCUGUUUCUUGCAGAUCUUGCUUUGUAUUUAUAGGAAAUGUAUUCAGAGGAAAGAUUUCCCUCUUCUGGACCACUUUUUCAGGAUCAGCCCAGAUCUCCAUCCCAACUGUCAGGGGAUGCUCUUAGUUUCCUAAUCUGUAUGAUACCCAGCGCCCCCCUUCCUUCCACCCCCUGACUCCUGUUAAAUAGCUAGCUCCGCAGCUAUGGGACCCAGCAGUGUGAUGAAACAAGGCCUCUGGUCUGCUGAAUACUGGGACUGCCAUGGACAGGCUCUGUGCUGAUGUGGAUCUUCCUGGUUGGACUGCUUGCUGAGUGUCUCCAGAGCUGUUGAGCACUCAGACUUCCCUGCCUGCCCUGAUUGCUCACCAGGCCAUUGACGUCCUUUGUGUCGCCGUUCCUCAUGGCAUCAGCUGUCACACCAUAGACUCCUUGGAGUCGGAAGGAACCAUUUGUGAUGAUCUAGUCCGACUCCCCACAAGGAACAGGGAUGUUCACAGCUAGAUCAGAGCCCGAUCCAACCUCACCUUGGAAGGGACAGGGCAUCCAGCACAUCUCUGGGCAACCUGUUCCACUGCCUCACCACCCUUACUAUAGAAGAUAUUUUCCUCAUAUCUAACCUAAUUUUUCCCUUGUUCUUUCCUUUUGCUCCCCUUUAGAUAUUGAAAGGCUGUUACCAGGUCGCCUUGGAGCCUUCACUUCUCCGGGCUGAACAGCCCCAGCUCUCAGCCUGUCCUUGGAGGAGAGCUGUUUGAUCCCUUGGUUCUGUUUUUUUUUUUUUUGUUGUGGCCAUCCUCUGAUGUGAUCCAACAGGUCCAUGUCUCUUCUGCACUGAGGACUCUACAUCUGGACACGAUCUCUAGAUGUGGGAUUGUGUGGAAUAUAGGCUCAGAUAAGGGAAGCCUCUUUACUUCACAGGUCCUACAGGAGCUGAUGAGAACUUCAGAAAUAAAGUGGGAGCACCAUACUCCGUGGCACCCUCCUUCUUCAGGGAAAGUAGAAUGAAUCAAUCAGAUGCUGAAGAAGCACUUGUCAAAAUUGGUUUCAGAGACCAAAUUACCAUGGACAAAGUGUUUACCUGUAGCCCUUGUCAGAACACGAACCACUCACAGAAAAGGCUUAGGAGUAUCACCACACGAAGUGCUGUUUGGGUGGCCGUACUUGGGAGUGGUGAGAUGCCUGCUCUUGAAACCAAGGUGCACUCAUCCCGUGUUGGAGGCUGGUCCUAAUAUGCACCUGGAAGGAAUAAAGGCUUCAGCCCGAGUGGGAUGGAAUGGACCAUUUCAGGUUCGUGAAUGCAGAAUGAAGCUGUACUUGCUAAACGUUGUGCUGUUUUUUUGCUGUUGCCGAAGUGGGGCAGUGACCAGGGAGUAUUACAUCGGGAUUAUAGAGACAGCAUGGGACUAUGCUCCUGGUAGUACUGAUAUCGUAUCUGGACAACGUUUUGCAGAAGAAGAGCAAGCUGAAGUCUUCCUUAAAAGAGGACCACAAAGGAUAGGAAGCAUUUAUAAGAAGGCUGUCUACACUCAGUACACUGAUGUUUUAUAUGAUGUGAUAGUUGAGAAACCUUCCUGGCUGGGUUUUUUAGGCCCCAUCAUUAAAGGAGAAGUUGGUGAUUCCAUUGUUGUUCACUUGAAAAACUUUGCUUCCAGAAACUACACACUGCAUCCACAUGGUGUAAAAUAUACAAAGGAAAACGAAGGUGCUUUUUAUCCAGACAAUACCAAAGGUUUUGAAAAAAGAGAUGAUGCUGUGAAGCCUGGAGGCCAGUACACUUAUAUGUGGGAUGUGACAGAAGAUCAAGGUCCUGCUGAAGGAGAUGCAGACUGCAUUACCAGGGUUUACCACUCUCACAUAGAUGCUCCAAGAGAUGCUGCCUCAGGGCUUGUUGGGCCUUUAAUCAUUUGCAGGAAAGGUAAAACGUGGAUUAACUACUACAUAUGCAAGUUGAUUGAUAAUGGCACUUGA